GCAGGGGCACCGCGCUGCAGGGGCACUGCCCAAACCAGGGCGGUGACAGGGCCCCCAUCCCUGUGUCCUUGUGUCCUCUUUUCCCUCUUGACCUUCCCAGAGCCCUCAUGGGGCGGCUGUGACGGAGCCGGGACGCAGCAGGACAGGCACUGGAUGGGAACGGUGGCUUCCCAAAGGGCACGGCUGGGGACGGCACCGUCCUGCCCCCGGCUCUGAGGAUGCACCAGCUUCUCCUGCUCAGCUCCCUCUGGCUCUUGCUGGUACCCUCAGCAUUGAGCAUCUUCCAGAGUCCAACUGGGACCCCGGCCCCCCACCAGCUGCAGUACCUGCUGGAGCCGCUGCACAGCGCGGUGCACACGCGGCGCGGUGCCACGGCCACGCUGCCCUGCGUCCUGCGGGCGCUGCCCCGCAACUACCGCGUCAAGUGGAGCAAGGUGGAGCCGGCCAACUACGGCGAGAGCGUCAUCAUCAUCACCAAUGGGCUCUACCACAGGAACUACGGGCCCCUGAGCCCGCGCGUGCGCCUGCGCCGCAGCCACCGCUACGACGCCUCGCUGACCAUCAGCCGCGUGGCGCUGGAGGACGAGGGCCGCUACCGCUGCCAGCUCGUCAAUGGGCUGGAGGAUGAGAGCGUCUCGCUCACGCUGCACCUCGAGGGCGUCGUCUUCCCCUACCAGCCCAGCAGCGGGCGCUACAAACUGAACUACCAGGACGCGAAGCGAGCCUGCGAGCAGCAGGACUCCCGCCUCGCCACCUACCAGCAGCUCUACACAGCCUGGACGGAGGGGCUGGACUGGUGCAACGCCGGCUGGGUCCUCGAUGGGACCGUCCGUUAUCCCAUCAUCAACUCGCGGGAGCCGUGCGGCGGCCGCCUCCUCCUGCCCGGGGUCCGCAGCUACGGGGCCAGGGACAAGCAGAAGGACCGGUUCGAUGCUUUCUGCUUCACCUCCGCUCUCCAAGGCCACGUCUACUUCAUCCGGGGCCACCUGAACUUCAAGGAGGCGGCGCAAGCGUGCCGCAACCACGGCGCUGCCAUGGCCAAAGUGGGGCAGCUCUAUUCCGCAUGGAAGUUCUCCCAGCUGGACCGCUGCGAUGGAGGGUGGCUGGAGGACGGCAGCGUGAGGUUCCCCAUCACCACCCCCCGCCAGCGCUGCGGGGGGCUCCCCCAUCCCGGGGUCCACAGCUUCGGCUUCCCCAGCAAGGACCGGCGGAUCUACGGCACCUACUGCUUCGUGGAGGAGUAGGAACGCCGGGAGGAGAGGUGGGAAUGUGGGGGGACACC